CUAAGCUCUCUAUUGCAUGUUUCUCACAAUCUCACUAAUGAUAAUGGAGAUGUUUACGAAAUCUUCGGCUGUGACCACUUUCUCAAUUUUGUUUGUUCUUCUCUGCGAUGCAUCUCUGGCCACAAAUGCGAAGACUACGCAAAACCAAAAGAGUAGUUACAUAGUCCAUGUUGCCAAAUCCCAAAUGCCAGAAAGCUUCAACCACCCUUUAGCGUGGUUCGAAUCAACUCUGAAGUCAGUAUCUGAUUCAGCUGAAUUAAUCUACACCUAUGACAAAGCGAUCCAUGGAUUCUCAACAAGGUUAACACCCGAGGAAGCUCAUUUGCUGCAGAGUCGAAACGGGAUUCUAAAGGUGCUGCCAGAUAAAAUCUACAAGCUCCAGACAACUCGAACCCCACAAUUUCUUGGGCUCGAUAAAAUUCCUGCAAGCACAUUCACUCAAUCCAAUAGAGGAGGUAGCAACGUUGUCAUCGGAGUCAUCGACACUGGUGUUUGGCCUGAGAGCAAGAGCUUCAACGACACCGGAUAUGGACCCAUUCCUAGCACCUGGAAAGGGAAAUGCGAGGUAGGUGCAAAUUUCACAACCGCCAACUGCAACAAAAAAUUGAUUGGAGCUAGGUCCUAUAAAGAUGGCCUUGAGGCCUUGGUGGGCCCACUCGAUGACUCCAUAGUUUCUCACUCACCGCGUGACGAUGUUGGUCACGGCACCCACACUGCAAGCACAGCUGCUGGCUCUGCGGUGAAAAACGCGAGUCUCUUCAAUUACGCCUCCGGAACGGCACGUGGAAUGGCUCCACACGCUAGAGUCGCCGUCUACAAGGUUUGUUGGACUAUAAAUUGUGCCGCUUCUGACAUACUGGGUGCCAUCGACCAAGCCAUCGCCGACAACGUGAAUGUUCUUUCCAUAUCGCUCACUGGUUUAGUGCUGGAUUAUGACGACGACCACAUCUCCAUCGGCGCGUUUUCAGCAAUGGAGCAUGGGAUUGUUGUGUCUUGCGCCGGCGGAAAUUAUGGUCCCUUACCCGCUUCUCUCUACAAUCAGGCACCUUGGAUUAUCACUGUGGGAGCUGGCACAAUCGAUCGGGACUUCCCAGCGUACGUUAGUCUUGGAAACGGACAAAAGUAUCGCGGGGUGUCCCUUUAUAGUGGCAAAAAAUUACCUGAUAAACUUGUACCGUUCAUAUACGCAGGGAAUGCGAGCAGAGGUGGAGUAACACCAAACCAAUCUGAGUUUUCUGGGUUUUGUGUGGAAGGAAGCUUAUCGCCGCAAAAUGUCAAGGGAAAGAUUGUCUUGUGUGAUAGCGGAAACGGUCGUGGGGAGGAGAAAGCAGAGGCAGUGAAAUCCGCCGGCGGUUUGGGCAUGGUGUUGGCCAACCGCGUGAUUGAAGGGGAGGAUACGACGGGGAGGGCAUAUGAUUUUCCAGCAAAUUUGGUCGGUGCAAAAGCUGGUGAAGCUAUCAAGCGGUACUUGUUUUCUAAUCCAAAACCGAUAGCAACAAUUUUGUUUGGGGGAACAAAAGUUGCAAUCGAGCCAUCGCCUGUCGUUGCGGUAUUUAGCUCUAGGGGCCCAAAUACUAUCAGUCCGGAUUUAUUGAAGCCUGAUUUAAUUGCACCAGGUGUCAACAUCUUAGCAACAUAUACCAGGAACGCAGGUCCCACUGAUCUGGAUUCAGAUAAAAGGCGUGUUGAUUUUAAUAUCAUCUCAGGCACGUCCAUGUCAUGCCCUCACGUGAGUGGUAUCGCAGCUCUGAUCAAGUCGGUUCAUCCAAGCUGGAGCCCAGCUGCCAUUCGAUCUGCAAUGAUGACAACAUCGUAUUCGACUUACAAGAACGGUAAGUUAUUGUUGGACGGUGCAACUGGAAAACCAGCGACGCCGUUUGAUUUUGGCGCAGGACAUGUGAACCCCGUCCCUGCACUUAAUCCUGGGCUUAUUUAUGAUUUGACGGUAGAUGAUUAUUUGAACUAUCUUUGUUCAUUAAAUUACACAUCAAAAAGGAUUGAAGUCCUGGCAAAGAGAAAAUUCAAGUGCAAUGGAAAGAAACACUACUUUAAUUACCCUUCAUUUGCUGUGAUUUUUGAAGCUCGUAAAGAUGUUGUACAAGUUAAGCAAAUGCGAACUCUUACAAAUGUGGGUGCCACGGGAACAUACAAGGUAUUAGUUAAGAUAGAUAUCCUAGGCGUCAAGGUCAGGGUUCAGCCAGAAGUGUUAAGUUUUGGAGUAAAUGAGAAAAAAUCCUAUGCGAUUACAUUCACAGCGUUAGAUGUCAAGCCGCGGAAAACUCAUGGUUUUGGACGUUUAGAAUGGUCUAAUGGAAAGAACAUUGUUGGAAGUCCUAUCGCUUUUAGUUGGGUGUGACUGAAAGUUUCAUGAAGCUACCCAAAUCCUCUUCACUAACUGAAGGAAGAGUACUGUGUUUGUUGGCUAAUAUUGUGUAUAUUAUUAAUUACACACCAUAUAACCAAAAAAUGGAUCUGUCCACAAUCCAUGUUUUCAAAAAAUAUGAUUUUAUGAAUUUUUUGUCGUAAAGUUAGAAUGUCAUUAAAAAACACAAAGCCAAAAUGUCCGAACGAAUAUAAGAUUGUAAACAAACAGAAACAUCAAUGGACCAAACAGAGUUUGGAUGAGAAGUAGAAAACUUAACAAAGGAAUGAACUACUCCCUCCGAUCCUAUUUAUAAGCAUGAAAGAGAAGAAAAAUCUUGGUCCUUUUUAUAAGAACCAAAUGAAAGUUUGAGCUAUAUUAAUGAUUUUUUUCCAAUGAUGCCCUUAUUAAUUCUAACUUGUAAAAUGUGUCUCAUUAAUUAUUCUCUCUCUUUUUCACUUUCCAACACUAAUAAUAAAGGGUAAUUUUGGAAGUUUAUUUUGAUUCAAGACAUAUUUAAUGCAUUUUAUCUAGUUUAACUACAUUUCUUAAACUAUGUGAAUUUUUUU